CUUUCACCAUCUCUUUCUCUCCCACACAUCUCUCAUUCUACAGUUUCUGCACCAUUUCCUACUGUUUCUCUCUCUCUCUCUCUCUCUCUCUCUCUCUCUCUAGCAUCUAGAUUUUUCUUGCUUUGUCUUCCUCUGACGACCCACUUUUGCAGAUUCUCAAGGAUUCUUCAAAGUUGAAGUCUUUUUUUCCCUUAAGAUUCUUAAAUCUCCCACCAAAUCAGGUUCUUUGAUUCCACCACUAUACUAUACGUUAUUCCCCUCUUGUUACUCCUAUUUAUCAUAGGAUUCAUUUAAAAAGCUUAAGUCUUUCACUAAACCCACAAAUCAAAGCUCAAGCUUCCAAAAAAUUAGAGAUCAAAACAUGAUUAGUACUUUGGAAGGUGAAACUUUUCUCCCGUAGCCUUUAAACGAUGGAGACUUUGCAUCCUCUACUCUCUCACGUGCCCACUUCUAGCCAUCAAUUCGUAGUUCAAGAGAUGAUGAGCUUGCAGAGCUCGAGCUGGACUAAAGAAGAGAACAAGAAGUUCGAGCGAGCCCUUGCUGUCUACGCUGAUGAUACGCCUGACCGCUGGUUCAAAGUUGCUGCUAUGAUCCCUGGCAAAACUAUCUCAGAUGUCAUGUGGCAAUACUCUAAGCUUGAAGAAGACCUCUUUGAUAUCGAAGCAGGACUUGUCCCGAUCCCUGGUUACCCUUCAGCUACUCCCUGUGGAUUCGAUCAGCUCGUGAGCCCCCGUGACUUUGAUUUGUAUCAUAAACGGCCUAAUAAUGGAGCCAGAGGAUUUGAUCAAGAGCGGAGGAAAGGAGUUCCAUGGACGGAGGAAGAACACAGACGAUUCUUGUUGGGCCUUCUCAAGUACGGAAAAGGAGACUGGAGAAACAUAUCGAGGAACUUUGUGGGAACGAAAACACCGACUCAAGUUGCAAGCCAUGCCCAAAAAUACUAUCAGAGACAACUCUCUAAUGCUAAAGACAAACGUCGCCCUAGCAUUCACGACAUCACCACCGUCAAUCUUCUCAACAACAAUCCCAGCCGUCCAUUGUCUGAUCAUGACAGCUUCCUCCAACAACCACCCGAGGCAAAACAAGGGUUCACCGACAGGGAUAAUGCAGAGGAAGGAGUGAUGUUUCUUGGCAAGAAUCUUUCGUCGGUCUUGUCUCCCUACGAUCCUGCCGUUAAGUUUGCCGGAGAAAAUGUUUAUGACGACGGAGCUUACUGUAUCACUAGAUCCUAAAACUCAGCGUUCAAAAGAAGCGAGAAAAGGUUGAAUUUUGAAAUUGCCAUAGUUGCAUUUAAUCAUCAAAAAUCCCCCAGAGUUAUGUUUAAUGGUUAAACUUAAAAGGUUAUGUUACGUAAUUAGAUGAUUGUGAUUGUGAAUCAUAUAGUAUGUGUGUAUCAGUGGCAAAGUAGACCACUAAGUCGUUAAGGGUAUAUAAUUAGAAGCUGAGUCUGCAUUCCACUUUCGGUUCAAAGAAUCAC